AUGGACCUACUCUCAAGUGCGACAACCAUUGAAAACAAACCCAUUGGCACUGGCCUGGAUGGUAUACGAGGUCAAUUACUUUCUGUAUGCGUUAAUGAUGGCCUUCCGUGCUCUGUUGAAUCGUUCCAGAAGUUGGAUGCCGAAGCUCUCCAAAACUUAUCGCUCGACCUGAUACUAGCCUUGCAAGCCCUCCCCGCCUCUCGCGUGCUACGACCUGUGAAGAGUGGAAGUAAAAACCUCUUCGGUGAUUUAUCGAGACUUAGUGCAAGUGUGAACUCCAAUGAAUUCGACAUCGAACGGUUGAUACCGUUGUUGGGGGCAAUAUUGAAGGAAGAACCUGACGCGGUUAUUUGGAAUAAAGUCUACGAAGCCAUUACUGAGCCAACGCCUCCUCCACAAUCUGUAUCACUCCUGAAUCAGACUCCAUUUUCGCACAAUACAAGCAGCGUUGUCAACUCCUCCGGGCACCGAAAGUAUUUUGACGCCGUGCUGAAAGAGGAGCUUGGCUCAAUCUUCAUUGGUGUGCCUCAUUUUUAUGACACAUUCUUCGGGGAUAUUACUGGUCUGGAAGAAGAAGUAUGUCUUAUAUUCGAAAAGUGCAACGAAGGUGAUUACCCUCUAUACCUCGAUGGAACCGGCUGGCGCGAUUGGCCAAAGGAUGCUCAAGAAAAGGAUGUCCUGGAUUGGCUCACACGAAUAUCAAAAUUGCUCCAAGAGUUUGCCGCUGAAGGGACUCCUGCAGAACAGCGAGAGUUACUAGCUCGGCCUUCCAAACCUUUGAAGGGAUCUACUGCGAAACGCAAAGUGGAUGUUGCCAUUGUUGGGGCCCUGCACGCCGCAGACGAACGUAGUUUUCAUUGGUCGCAUGUCCUUGUUCCUGGUGAAUUGAAAAGCAGCCCAGAUCUUGAUACUUCAUCCAAUACCUGGCGCGACCUGGGUAGAUAUGCGAGGGAGGUGUUUGCUGCACAGCCUACACGUCGAUUUGUAUUGGGCUUUACUCUUUGCGGUUCCAUUAUGCGCUUGUGGGAGUUUGACCGCUUAGGGGCCAUCGCCUCCUCCUCGUUUGACAUAAACUUGAACGGGAUACAAUUUGUUUCGGCAAUGUUAGGAUUUCUGCGGAUGAAUGACAAGCAGCUGGGCCUCGAUCCGACCAUCAGGACGUCUCCUAAUGGGAAUCAAUAUAUGGAAAUAUCACGUGGCGGGAAGAUGGAGCGCUUGAUACUUGACGGCCUCAUGAAACCGUCAUCAUGUGUUGCUGGUAGAGCGACCGUUUGCUGGAGGGCCCGUCUUGAGGGGAACCCCGAAAUCUUCGUCGUUGUCAAGGAUUCAUGGCAGUAUCCGGAGCGAGAGGAAGAAGGCGAGUUACUGCGUGAGAUUACUGAAAAAAGCGUUGCGAAUGUCGCACGGUACUUUUGUCAUCAAACGGUCGAAGUGGAUGGAAAAGUCGAUGAUGUCCGGGAUAAUGUCAGGAAGGGUCUGGAUAUCACGAAGGCUUCAAAUUUCAAAGAUGCACGCCAAGCAAGAGAACGAAGAGACUUGACACGUUCAACCCGUUCCCAAAUCAGUGGUGCUAGUCGAAAGAGAUCAUCCAGCCGCGCUAAUAAUCCUCUACCCGCCAACAAAAGGCCUUGUUCAUACUCUUCGUCCAUGACUGGUGACGCUGCCUCGGAGAAUCGUAUACACCGUCGUGUUUUUAUCAGCGAUUAUGGAAAACCAAUAUACAGAGCGAGCUCUCGUGUCGCCCUGCUCAAUGCCCUUGAGCACUGCUUGAUAGGUUACGAAUCAUUGCAUACAAACGCAGGUAUUCUUCAAGGUGAUAUAUCCACUGGCAACCUUAUGAUAAACGAAGGAGAAAAUGACAGCUCGUGGCCAGCCUUUCUGAUUGACCUGGACCUUGCCAUCAGAGAGGAGCGAGAGCAUGCGUCGGGAGCAAGAGGCAAAACGGGCACGCGGGCUUUCAUGGCUAUUGGACUCCUUCUAGGCGAGAAACAUUCCUUCUGGCAUGACCUGGAGUCUUUCUUCUGGGUUUUGUUUUGGAUAUGCAUUCACUACAAUGGGCCCAAUGAGGAAGUGGGACCAACGGAUUUCGACUGUUGGAAUUACGACGACGAUCAGAAGUUGGCUAACUCGAAGAAGGGGAUAGUCGACGACGAAUCAGAUUUUGAAGGAACAGCAAACAAGUAUUUCACACCAUUUUAUGAGCCUUUGAUUCCUUGGGUGAAAGCUUUGCUCCGUGUCGUCUUCCCCGGAGGUGCACGGAGGAAAAAGGGCGAUAGAGGACUUUAUGCCCAAAUUAAGAGAGUCCUUCGAGAGGCCGCGGAAGACCCAAAGGUAAUAGGCAUGGAAGAAACCUAA